UGACGUAGCUCUGUAGCGCGGGGAAUUUCGAGUGGCAGUGGAGCGUGGGAGACCAGUCGGCCCCUCCACCCUCUUUAGGGGAGGCCAUGGACUCCCUAGUCGAGCCCCGGUGGCCUCCGGGCCUGGCAGUCAUGAAGGGGAUGGAGAAGGAGUUCUGUGGCAGAUGUUCCAGUCUUGGUGGCUUUCUGAUAGGUGUGUAUGUAUUUGUGCAUUUCAGACAAUAGAUGAUUUGCUGCGCUGUGGAAUUUGCUUUGAAUAUUUCAACAUUGCAAUGAUGAUUCCUCAGUGUUCACAUAACUACUGUUCUCUUUGUAUAAGAAAAUUUCUGUCCUAUAAAACACAAUGUCCAACUUGCUGUGUGGCAGUCACAGAGCCGGACCUGAAAAAUAACCGCGUAUUAGAUGAACUGGUAAAAAGCUUGAAUUUUGCACGGAAUCAUCUGUUGCAGUUUGCCUUAGAGUCACCACCCAUCUCUUCUUCCUCCUCAUCAAAGAACCUUGCUGCCAAAGUGCACACUUCUGUAGCCUUCAGACAUUCAUUAAAGCAAGGAAGCAGGCUAAUGGAGAAUUUCUUGAUUAGAGAAGCUGGUGGUUCUGUGUCAGAGUUGUUGAUAAAAGAGAAUGAAAGCGAAUUCAGCCCUCAGAAAGAGCUGAGUUCUUCUGCAAAGACCAGAGGGACACCUUCCGUAGAAAAAUCAGCUCCAGGUUUCUCAGAGGCUGGUGUUCCUGAGACACCCUCUACAUCGGCCUUGAAACAAGUUACUAAAGUGGAUUGUCCUGUUUGUGGUGUUCAUAUUCCAGAAAAUCACAUUAAUAAACACUUAGACAGCUGUUUAUCACGUGAAGAGAAGAUAGAAAGCCUCAGAAGCUCUGUUCACAAGAGGAAGCCGCUGCCCAAAACUGUAUAUAACUUGCUCUCAGAUAGAGAUUUAAAGAAAAAGCUAAAACAGCAUGGCUUAUCUGUUCGAGGAAAUAAACAACAGCUCAUUAAAAGGCACCAAGAAUUCGUACACAUGUACAAUGCCCAGUGUGAUGCUCUGCAUCCUAAAUCAGCUGCUGAAAUAGUUCAAGAAAUUGAAAAUAUGGAGAAGACUAGGAUGCGUCUUGAAGCUAGUAAACUCAACGAAAGCAUAAUGGUUUUUACAAAGGACCAAACAGAAAAGGAAAUAGAUGAAAUUCACAGUAAAUAUCGUAUAAAACAUCAGAAUGAAUUUCAGCGUCUGGUGGAUCAAGCCAGAAAAGGGUAUAAGAAAACUGUUGGAAUGUCAAAAAAAAAAGUAACAGAAGAAGAUGAAUCUACAGAAAAGCUAUUAUCUGUAUGCGGGGGACAGGAAGAUAAUAAAAUGAAAUUCUCAGAUAUGUCCUCAGUAACAAACCACUUCCCUCAGUCAAAGCUGGACUCCCCAGGGAAACUAGAGCCUGACAGACCAGAUGAUUCUUCCAGUUGUACUGAUAUUCAAGAGGUAGCUCUUUCUUCACCAGAGUCAGAUUCAUGCAAUAGUUCCAGUUCAGACAUCAUAAGAGAUCUCCUAGAAGAAGAGGAAGCCUGGGAAGCAUCACAUAAAUGCGAUCUUCAAGACACAGAAAUAAGCCCCAGACAGAAUCGUCGCACGAGGUCAGCUGAAAGUGCUGAGCUCGAGCCAAGAAAUAAGCGGAACAGGAAUUAGUGGAAAAAAAAAACAACUUACAAAGCAUCCUCACUUGGUCAAUUACCUCCUGCCCCUAAAACAUCUCUCUCUAAAAAUACUGGCAAAAAAUAAAAAAUAAAAAUAAAAAAAAUAAAAAUACUGGCAUCCACAUGUUCACCAGCUUUGCAGACGACAAGAGACUUUUUGGCAAAAGGGUUUUGUUUGAUUUUGUUUCUAAAUUUCAGAAUGUCCUUAAGUCAUUCUCCUCUUCCAUGGAGAAGCCAACUUCAGAAAAGGAUCCUUUAACCCCUCUACCACAAGGAGCAGUUGAGGCAUUCAGAGCCACUGUGUUUCUGGAAAGGCAGGAUGUCCUAACUCAAGUCCUCCGUGAGUGUGAGCACGUGAGGCCUGGAGGCCGGUGCGCGUGUUACAGCUGUUUCAGGAUGGUUGUUGCCCGAGUUUCAUGUGGUUGUUAGUUAGACCUGUGUCUUACACUUUACUUGGAAUAGGAUAUUAGUAUUGUAACCUAAAGGCACAAAACACUAACUUUGAAACAUUAGGCAUAUUCUCCAGAAAUGCCACUUACAAAUGAUUCCUUGGUCUUUUUUCACUUGGGUAAAUCAAAUCUUUAACACUUUGAAUCCCAGCUAUUAAAUGGAAAGAAUGCAAUAAAUGAAUUUUGUAACUGAAUAGACUCUAUAUCAAUUUAAAAUAAAGUCCUUGAAAACAGUCUCCUGUGAAUGGUUGAGUACAAGCCACAAAUCAUUGGAAAGGGUUGAUCAGAAAUUGUUUUCUCUGUGCAAAAUGUCCCCCAGUUCCCAGUUCCUUCCAGAGUUCCUAAUGCCUGUCUUUGGCAUUUCAGAGCCAGUCCCCUGCCACCAGUGCCAGCAGCUGUGGGGCUGCCUGUGUCCUGGUGACAGCAGUGCCACUUCACCAGAGUCCAGGAAGACCCUGGUGUUGGUUUGGGGGUGGAGGGCCUGAUCCUGCCCUGGGCCAAGUGUCCCAGCACCUCAGCUGAUCCUGCCCUGGGCCAAGUGUCCCAGCACCUCAGGGUAGCCUUCCCUGCUCCCGCUGAGCUCCUGGAAGGAGGAGGUGGCUGGAACCCUGCUGUAUAAAACAGCACCUAGAAUUCGGAAGGAGCACCGGGGCAGGUGCUCUCCCACUGGCUCCCAGAUGGCCUGGCAUUUCUCGAUUUCUCCUCUGCCUACCGAAGAGGCAAGGCUUUUGCCUGGAAGGGAUUCCGGGCAGCCAUGCAGGUAAGUGGGGCAGCCUGCUCCAGCUUCAAGAAGUUGUCAGAACGCCACACCUUCUCUCGUGUGCCACCUUUGCAACUCUUGCAGGCGCCAUGGGCUCCCCUCUCUGAUCCCAGCAUGUUGGAGGCAACACUCCACCCCCGCCUCCAU